AUGGCUGCCAAUGGUGACAGCUCCGAAAUUUUCAACCUUCUGACGUCGAAAAUCGGAAAUUUACUUCACGGUCGAACAGAAGGAGACCGUAAUAUUCUAAGCAAAGCUUUAGACGAUCUAAAUUGUUUAAAUUACAGGUAUACAGUGGUCACAAACCCUACGAAAGCAGUACUUUUGGUCAAUCAAUGCUGCAGUUUUAUUUCUACCGACGAUGAUGUGUUGGUGCAAAAGUGUAGUCAGUUAUUAUGGAAUCUUGUUAAAAGACAGAGUGUACCUGUUGAGGGAAGAAGUUUGGUGGUAGCAAUAAAUUGGUGCCUUGACAGUAGUUUGUUUACUAAGGACAGCAAUGUAGUUUUAGAAAUUUUGCAAGCCUUGGAAGCGUUAUUGCGAAUUAAUAUCGAUCAAAUUCUAUCUUUGACGGACAAAAUUUCGCAAAUUAUAAUCAAAAUAAUCAAAGAGGGCGAGAAAAAAUGGACUCCCGAAGUUAUUUUGAUAGCUUUACAGUGUCUAGAGGCCUGUACUGCUAUACCAAAGGAUGAUAAAUCGAGUUAUAGAGAUGGUUGCUUAGAAAAUUGUGCAAAAAUCUUUAUAUCCCAUCUAAACAGAUCAAAAAUUACAGAAGAUCUUGUACAUGUUAAGAUGUUACAAAUUUGCCUUUACGGGCUUCAAAAUAUCAUAAUUCAAAAUGGUGAGUAUUUAAAAAAGGAGCUUGGCUUUAUUUUAGGAAUUAUAAAGACUUUUAUGGUAUACGGUAUAAAAGGAGUGAAUUAUAUGCCUCCACAAAAAUUGGCUCCGUCCACACUGAGUAUACCUGAAGCCACCAAUACUGUUAGAGAAAAGAAAGGAGGAAAGUUGACGAAACAUAGGAAACAAAGAACUUCUGUUGGGUCUAAAAGGGAUAAAAAUAAUGUAACAGAGGAAUUUGUGUUUGAUAAGAAUGUGGGAUACAACCCUGCUACUAUAUCACUUGAUAGCAGUAUAAACAUAACUUAUUUUGGAAAUAGAAUUAAAACCAGCGAUUCAGAUUUUUCUGAUAAUGAGGCUAAUGUAGCUGUGAAAAUGUCUCAAACACAAAGCAAAGUUAGACAGGCUGCUUUCAGUUUGUUCUACAAUGUGAUAAAGAACAGCGAAAAAUCCACAAUUUUUUCAUAUUGGACCAGUUUCAUACCAGAAGGUACAGUAUCGGGACCACACAAUUUAGUGGUGAGCAUUCUGAAAGAUCCAUCGUCUAGGUGCAGAACAGCCGCCUUAAACGUACUUUUAAUCCUUUUGAACUCGUCGAAAUUGUAUUUGGCGCACGCGCAAUACAGCGAAAAGAACUCCGCCUUCACCCCGUUCUCGAUGGUGCUCGGUUUGAUGAUUAAGGAGCUCCACAAGGGCAUAUGUUUGGCUCUAAACGAAAAAUCCGUACCGGUCUUGGUGCAACUGUUGAAAUGCCUCGCGGCCUUGGUACAAGCGACGCCCUAUCACAAAAUGGGCCAAGGCCUGAUCACGAAAAUCGUGAGGAACGUCAAACCUUUCGUUUAUCACAAAGACGCUACCGUCCAAGUAACGGCGCUGAUAGUACUAGGGUGCGUCUUAGCUUCGGAACCAGUGGUACCGGAAACUCGAGACAUAAUGUUAAGAAUGAACCUGAACAGUUCUAAACCAAUCGAUUUUACAACCGAUGAGGACAACGUUGUAGAUUUAAACACUAUCGAUUACGCCAUGUUUUCCGAUUCGGACGAUAAUGAAGAUCGAGAAAAUGACGCUGUGCCGUGGUUGUUGAAGAAAUGUUUGAACAAUUUGGGGGUGCAGUUUGAUCGAGACGAGCCAACGAAAGAAAAAGACGGAUCGGUGUCCUUAGUGCCGGCUCCAGUAAAAUUGGAAUCUCUUCAAGUGAUCUCGGCUAUAAGCAGAAACUAUUUCGAUGAUCUGUUGGCGCCUUAUUUGUCGCACGUGACGCGCGGCGUCGUGUCAUCUUUUUCCGACCCGAACGCCGAUCUGAGACUGCACGCCGGUCGAACCGUGGAUUUUAUCGGACAAGGAAUUUGCCGGUUUAUCAGCACACGAGAGACAAAAGAUUCGAUACCUUUUCAAAAUUUCUUAACCUUUUGGGAGACAUUGCUCAGCAGUUCUUUGAUCAAAUUGCUCCAGUCCGAGGAGCAACCGGUCUUGAGAAGCAUCGGCUGCGAUUGUAUUGGUAGCAUAGGAUCUGAUAUUUUCGAACAAUUACCUAGAGAUAAACAAAUCAUAUGUGUUACAAUGCUAUUUUCCUGUACCAGAGAUGAAGAAAAUAACGUUAAAGCUGCCGCUGUAAGGUCUCUAGCCAUAUGCGUCAUGUAUUCAACUCUACGAGAGGAUCCUGGUUUUGUGGUGGACACCGCAGAUGCCAUAUACAGGACUCUAAACGGUCCAAAUUUAAUGCUCAGGAUAAAAGCUUCGUGGUCCUUGGGAAAUUUAAGCGAUGCUUUAGUUUUAAAUAACAAAACCGAAGAUGGUAUCGAAGAAAUUCCUAGCGAUCUGAUUCUAAAGUUGAUGCAAAUUAGUAUAAAGGGAGCUUCGGAUAACGAUAAGAUCAAAAUGAACACGGUGAGAGCCUUGGGGAAUUUGAUACAGUUAAUCAACAGUCGGUUAAUGGAUAAGAAGGAAUUCAGUCAGAUGGUCGAGAAGAGUUUUGAAAUUUUGGUUCAAAAUUGCACUAGUGGAUCUAAUAUGAAGGUUAGAUGGAAUGCUUGCUAUGCGGUGGGAAACGGGCUAAAAAAUUCGGCUUUAUACCAGCAAUCAGCGCUUCUCAGUAAGAACUGGCAAGGUUCGGUGUUUAAAGCUUUGACAGAACUCGUGGUGGGCUUCAAGAAUUUCAAAGUAAGAAUAAAUGCCGCAUUGGCGCUGUCGGCUCCUGUCGCUAGAGAACAUUUCGGGAAUUAUUACUAUUCCACUUGGACGGCGCUAUUGGAAGCGUUGGAAAAUUCGCAAAAUAUAGAAGAUUCGAGCGAAUAUACCCAUAGAGAUCAUCUUGUCGAACAGAUAUGCUUGUCGCUAGGUCAUCUAACUACGUUACUCCAAAAAGACGACCUCUUGCGCCUGCAGGACACGAUCGAUCUCUAUUUCGAAAUAUUUCUCCGCCACACUCAAAAAGUCCUCGAACGUUUGGUCCCAGAAAAAUCCGCCAGCCUUACGGCGGCUUCGUUCGCUCUCAAUCAACUUUCCAAACACGACGAACUCGUAGACGCCGAAAUUAAAAUGUUGAACCGAUUACAAACGGUUUUCGUCGUCGUAGUUUAAUUUUAUAUUUUUUUUGUUUGUAAUUUAUCUGAAUGUAGAAACGCCGUCUUAAAAGUUGUAUUCUGUCAUUUUUUAAACGGGCAAGAUGUUCGUUAAUCCUGGAUCUUAUUGUUCGGUAUGUCGUAUGUAAUUAUUCAAAUUUGUGAUAUAGGAAGUAAAAUGUCCGUUAAUCCUGAAUGUUAUUUGACGAUCGGUUUGUCCUAUGUAAAUGUGGAAACUUUGAUAUAGGAUAAACGGGUGGCUGGUAAAAUUGGGAGUCAAGAGUCGAGGAGCAUUUAGGUGUCUAAAAGUGGGAUAGAUUGUAGAG